CCCCCUCCCCGUCCCGCCCGCGGGGCCAGCAGCCGCCGCCGUGCGGGCACCGAGCGCAGCCCCGGCCCCGCCGCUGCCCGAGCCCCGGGGGCCGCGGCUGCGAUGCGGGUUGGCGGCUCCCGGCCUCCUCCCACCCGGAACCCGCCCGGUCCCUGCCCGGAGCCGUCCCAGCGCUAGGACGAGCAGCUGAGGGGGGGGUCUCCGGCCGCACGCAGCCCCCCGGCACGCGCCUGGACGGCGAGGACGCAGCCAUGCACCGGGCUGUGGCCGCCUGCUGAGCCCGCGGACACUUCGGCGCCGUGCCCCCAAAAACGGCCGAGCGGCCCCGAGCCCGCGGCCCCGGCACCGGCAGGAGCUGUGCGACGAAGCGAAGCCGGGGGGGGCCCGGGGGGGGGGCGUCCUCCCGCCCCGAGCCAGCCGCAGCGGGCGCCUUGCGUCCCGACGGCCUCACCCAGCUCCCCUGCGCCCUCCCGGGGGCCCGGCAGCCCCCUCGCAGGGCUGCCGCCCCCGAGCCCCCCGCCUUGGCCUCCCGCCCCGCUGGAGCGCGGCACCCUGCCGGGCGCUGCCCCCCGCGCCCCCAGGGCGUCGCCCCCCGCCCGGCCGGGGACCUGCCGCCCGCCGGCAGAGCCAUGAAGCUGCAGGCGGUGAUGGAGAACCUGCAGCGGCAGCAGCGCGCCCGGCUGCAGCAGGCGCUGGAAGCGCGGCAGCAGGAGCAGCAGCAGCAGCAGCAGCAGCGCUCCACGCCGCCCCCCGCCCCGGCGCAGCCCCCGCCGGCCCCGGGGCAGACCCCAGCGCGGGGCCGAGGUCCGGACCUCGCCCCGGCGCCCUCGGAGGAAGGAGCGGAGCCCGAGAACGCGCACAUCCAGCGGGCGCAGAUGGCCGCCCUGGCCGCCAUGCGGGCCGCGGCCGCCGGCCUCAGCCACUCGUCCAGCCCGGGGCUGUCGGAGGAGAGCCAGGCCUCCGAGGAGGAGGAGCGCGGCGAGGAGGAGGAGGAGGAAGAGGAGGACGGCGGCUACCAGCAGGAGAUGGGCUCCGAGGAUGAGGAGGAUCUGAAGGGCAAAUGGGAUGAAGAGGACUUCGAGGAGGACCUGGGCGAGGAGGAAGAGGAGGAAGAAGAGGAGGAGGAGGAGGAAGAAGAGGAAGAGGAGGACUACGAGGAGGAGGAAGACAUGGGCGAGGAGGGGCUGAGCUCGGCGGAGGCGGUGCGGACGGGCCCCGGGUCCCUGCUGCUCCGCAAGCCGCCGGCCCCGCAGCACUGCCGGGGCGAGGCGCAGCGGCCGCCGGGCGGGCAGGAGCGGCUCCCCGCCGGACUGGGCCCCCAGGGCCACGCGCAGCUCCCGCAGCCAGCGCCCGACCACGGCGACUGGACCUACGAGGAGCAGUUCAAGCAGCUGUACGAGCUGGAUGGCGACCCCAGGAGGAAGGAGUUCCUGGACGACCUCUUCAGCUUCAUGCAGAAGCGAGGGACCCCCGUCAACCGGAUCCCCAUCAUGGCCAAGCAGGUGCUGGACCUGUACAUGCUCUACAUGCUGGUGACGGAGAAGGGCGGCCUGGUGGAGGUCAUCAACAAGAAGCUGUGGCGGGAGAUCACCAAGGGGCUCAACCUGCCCACCUCCAUCACCAGCGCUGCCUUCACGCUCCGCACCCAGUACAUGAAGUACCUGUACCCCUACGAAUGUGAGAAGCGGGGGCUGAGCAACCCCAACGAGCUGCAGGCAGCCAUCGACAGCAACCGGCGGGAGGGCCGCCGGCAGGGUUUUGGCAGCUCGCUCUUCACCUACUCGCCCGGCGGCACCCACGGCCUCCUCUCCUCGCCCAAGCUGCCGGUGCCGGCCCUGGGACUGGCCUCAGCCACCAACGGCGGCUCCAUCGCCCCCGUCCAGAAGAUCAAGAAAGAGGAGGACGCACCCAUCCCCAUCUCCAUGCCCAGCCGGCUCCCGGUGUCCCUGGCCGGGCACCCGGUGGUGGCAGCGCAGGCGGCGGCCGUGCAGGUGGCGGCGGCCGCCCAAGCCGUGGCUCUGGAGCAGCUGCGGGAGAAGCUGGAGUCCGGGGAGCCCCCGGAGAAGAAGAUGGCGCUGGUGACGGACGAGCAGCAGCGGCUGAUGCAGCGGGCGCUGCAGCAAAACCUCCUGGCCAUGACGGCCCAGCUGCCCAUGAGCAUCCGCAUCAACAGCCAGGGCACGCGCUCGCCAGAGAACCGCCAGGACUCCUCCGGCAGCCUGAGCAGCAACGGCACCAACAGCAUCAGCAUGUCGGUUGAGAUCAACGGUAUCGUCUACACAGGUGUGCUGUUUGCCCAGACGCCCGGCCCUUCCUCCUCCUCCUCCUCCUCCUCCUCCUCCGCCUACAGCAAAGGCAACGGCAGCAACGGCGGCGGCCGCAGCAGCGGGAACGGCGGCGGUGGGGCGGGGGGCGGCGGGGGCAGCGCCCCCCCCGCCGCCCCGGCCGCUCUGGCCGUGCCCCCCCCCAGCUCUACCUCCAACAACGCUUCGCCUUAACGCCCCCGCCGCCCCCAGCGUCGCCUCUCGCCAAAGCCAACAGAGGUGACGGGGGCAGAGCGUGCCCCCCAGCGCCGCGGCAGGCCGGGGGGGGGCUCGCGGCGCUGCUGGCGAGGGAGGGGAGGAAGCUUCAGCCCCGGGGGUUUCAUUAA